UGAUAUUUUGUAGUCUGAUCCUAACUUGAGAAAGGACCACGAAGUGAUACCGAUCAUAGACCGUUGCUGAAGGUUCCACUGACCUUCAUUUCUGUGAACUUCUCUUAAGUACGGACAUUUAUCGUUCGUUUCUAGUCCAGAGGCUGAAAAGGGAAGAUCGUGUUUGUCACUGCUAGGCAGCAGAGCACAUUUCCUGUUUGUUGACAGCGGUUGGUUUCUAAAGGAGGUGUUAACUGACUACAUGCUUGAUAUAGUCGACUGUAAGCCAGGUUUCUUUAUGUCUGUUUUUUUUCGGCUACUUAAACCGUUUUACAGAUCGUUUUCAAUUAGCUCUGAACAAUGAGGCUUGCAUCCCUCCCGGUGACUCUUGGGUUGAUAUGUUUUGUUUUGGUGGUGUCGUCGCCGUACGGUUCGUCUCAUCCCGUUCUUGAUGAGCCGAACCUGACGUUUAUGGACGAGAUCGAUAGACUUCGGUUCGGGUUCAACUGGCGGAAUCUCACCUGUCCUAUAUGCAAAACCCUGUUCACUAUACUGGAUAUAGCUUUACUGAGUGACAACAACAUGGAGCGAGUGGCGUACGCGGUAGGCGAGGCGUGCAUGCGUCUCCACCUGGCCGACGAGCGCGUCUGCCGCGAGAUCACCGAGCUGUUCAGGGACGACUUCAUCCGGGCACUGCAGCGCUCACUGCUAUGGCCAUCCGAGGCCUGCGCCCUGCUGGUGGGCUCCUCCUGCGGCCGCUUUGACCUGUACGCGCCCUGGAACAUCACCCUGCCCAAGGUCCCCAAGCCCCCGGUCGUCCCUCCCAGCCCCCCCAAGCCAGGGUCCCUUCAAAACAGGGUGCUCUUCAUCACAGACAUCCAUUGGGACCAGGUGUAUGCAAAAGGAAGCAGUGCUGACUGUAAGGACCCCCUGUGUUGCCGUAACGAUUCUGGCUCACCCAGCUGGCGUCAGCGGGAGGCGGGCUACUGGGGUACCUACAGCAAGUGUGACCUGCCACUGCGUACUGUGGAGAACCUUCUGGAGAAUGUUGCCAGAACGGGGCCCUGGGACUGGGUGUACUGGACUGGCGACAUCCCGGCUCACAACGUCUGGUCCCAGACCAGGAAACAGCAGCUCUCUGAGCUGACGGUUAUCUCCAGGCUCAUACACAAACACCUGGGUACCCACGUGAAGGUGUACCCCGCAGUGGGGAACCACGAGAGCACCCCGGUCAAUAGCUUCCCCCCGCCCUUCGUCCACGGCAACCGCUCCUCCCGCUGGCUCUAUGACACCAUGGCAGAAGAGUGGGCGCCGUGGCUACCCGAGCCGGCACUAAAGACCCUCAGGCAUGGAGGUUUUUACACGGUGGAAGUCCAGCCUGGACUUCGCGUGGUGUCCCUCAACAUGAACUUCUGCGCCAGGGAGAACUUCUGGCUGAUGGUGAACUCCACAGACCCAGCCAACCAACUCCAGUGGCUGGUCCACAUCCUGCAGACCAGCGAGGAGAAGGGAGAGAAGGUCCACAUAAUUGGACACAUCCCUCCUGGGCUCUGUCUGAGUAGCUGGAGCUGGAACUACUAUCACAUCAUGAACAGGUACGAGAGCACCAUCACGGGGCAGUUCUUCGGUCACACGCACCUGGAUGAGUUCCAGAUGUUUUACGACGAGGCCACCAUGACCCGCGCGGUGGGUGUGGCCUUCAUCGCCCCCAGCGUCACCACCUACAUCAACCUCAACCCAGGCUACCGUGUCUACUUUGUGGACGGCAACUACCCAGGCAGUUCCCGUAUGGUUCUGGACCACGAGACCUACAUCCUGAACCUAACCGAAGCCAACCACCCCCCUACCUCCUCCCCCCUGGCCCCCCACCCGGACCCCACCCCCAAGUGGACCCUGCUGUACCGGGCCUCGGAGGCCUACGGGCUGUCCAGCCUGUUCCCCUCCGACUGGGACGGCCUCCUCCGGACCUUCCAGAGUGACGACCGGGUCUUCCAGCGGUUCUGGUACCUCAGGCACAAGGGCCACGUGUCUGCGCCCUGCAAGGAGACCUGCAAGACGGGCCUCCUCUGUUUCCUGCGCAGCGGGCGCUACGACGAGCUGGAGCAGUGCGACAUCCUUAACGGCUUUGGGGGGGACAUGGUCCGAGCCGUCAGGAAGACCCUCUGCUAGACCGGACCGAACCGGAUCCGUCUGGUCUGGGCUGGUCUUGGACAGCAACUUCCAAGUCCAAUGCGAGCGAAUGCCAUAUCAACCUAUUGAAAUUGUGACGCAGUGUUGUGUGUGUGUGUGGGGGUUUUUUUUGGGGGGGGCGGGGUCAGAAUGAAGACAUGGUUUGAUAUAGCUACUCUUUUAUCUUUGGUCUGGGAUGACCACUAAGUCUACUAUGAUUAAUAACCAUGACAGGCAAUAAUGAAUUUGUUGAUACAGUAUACAACCUCAGGGCCUCAGCUAUCCUAAAAAAGGGGUAAUAAUCGAGGAAUCCGACAGACAUUGCGUCUACGUGUAGCUCUACCCAGAAGUUACGUCCAAAAAUGGCAUUGUUUAUGACGGAUUGUGCUGCUGUCUGGUUAUAUGUUGGGUCAGAUGCCUUGGAAUACUUAGGAAUAUUGGAUGUUAUGUUUUAAAGUGUGAAUCCCAAAGUCUAGCAAGUCUUGUUGUGGUGGGCUGAGGGGACCACUACAGUGCUGUUAGGAUAUUUUUGUUGCUUACAGAGUAAAAGACCGAUUGAUGGUGCCUUGAUCAAAUGUUUUUUUGCCUGUCUUGUGAGGGGUUUGACAUGAAACGGUGUGGUGUGAAAGUGCUAUGUCUGAAUUUCUUCCUGAUUUCUGAAACGGCCUAUAGAGGGUGCUGAAACAGCCUUCAGACCUCUGGUAUGUGUUCCGAGUAUCAAGCUUCUCCUUAGUCUUUGGGGUCAGGGGUUUUGAUCAAUAAAUUACUCAAAUCUUUUGACCUGUCAAACAAUUCAACUACUGGUUUAUCCAAACUGCUUUGGUUCCCAGAAAUGCAUCAGUCUAGUAUCUGCACAUGACUUGUUUAGGUUCAAUUGGUAGGGGUUGACUAGAGUGAGUGAGGUUAACAGGCAAGGCACAGCUUGUUUCGACCACAGUAGGAUUGUAGAGAUGUAUGAAUGUAUGCUGUGAGUUAUUUGUCUAAAGUCAUGUAAAUAAAGAAACGCUGAAAUUGACUUAUAUUCU